AUGGCAGAAGGAAUUGUAUUUGGCAUUGCAGGGAAAAUCUUCAAAAUGUUGGGGUCCUUGGCUGUCCGAGAAGGCAAAUUGGCAUGGGGUGUUAAAGAUGAGAUUCAAAAACUCAGUACCACUGUCAACACUAUCAGACUUGUGCUUCUCGAUGCUGAGGAGCAGCACAACAGAAAGAACUAUGCGGCGGUGACAUAUUGGAUUCAAAAGCUCAAAGAUGCAUUUUAUGAAGCUGAUGACUUACUGGACGAUUUCUCUACUUACCUUCAACAGCGAGAGGUAAUGACUGGAAAUAAAAUGGCAGUGGAGGUAUGCAUCUUUUUCUCCAAAUCUAAUCAGAUUAUAUAUAGUCUUAAUAUAGCUCAUAAGAUUAAGAUAAUUAGGGAGAAACUAGAUGUGAUUGAAAAAGACAGGGAGUUCGAACUUACUAGGAGUCUUGAUGAAAAAAGAGUCAUGAAUAUAGAAAGGGAAACACAGUCUUUUGUACGUGCUGAAAAGGUUAUAGGAAGAGAUGCUGAUAAAGAAAAAGUUAUACAACUUCUAUUGGACUCAGACGUUAAUGAGAAUGUUUCUGUCAUCUCCAUAUUUGGAUUUGGAGGAUUAGGAAAGACUGCACUUGGUCAACUUGUAUACAAUGAUGAGCAUGUUACAAACUAUUUUCAAUUAAGGAUGUGGGUGUGUGUAUCUAAUAACUUCAAUGUGAAAAUAAUUGUGGGAAAUAUCAUAAAAUCUGCAACUGGUAGGAAAACUGAAGGACUUGAAAUAGAUCAAUUGCAAGAAUGCCUACGCAAAGAAAUAAUUAAUGGGAAAAAAUAUUUACUAGUUUUGGAUGAUAUAUGGAAUGAAAAUCCCAUUAUGUGGGACAAAUUAAAAACUUUGUUAAUGGAUGGUGAAAGAGGAAGUAAGAUAUUGGUGCGCAGGAAGCAAAUACAUCCCUGA